UCUCUCUUGCCAUUUAUUUAUACACCGACUUGGGAUCUUUUCUUUCGCUAUUUAGAGCUAGCUCUCCUUCUACUUGCUUCUUCACAAGCAUUACAAUGGUUCUGUUUCUCUCUCUCUGCUUAUCACUCAUUCUCUCUUUCUGCCAUGGCUCAGCUUCUGCUACUGUUCCUCCUCAGCCCCUUGAUGGACUUGUGCCGAAUGGAGACUUUGAAGAGGCACCAUCAAAAUCAAAUCUCAAGAAAACAGUAAUCAUAGGAAAAUACUCACUCCCCAAGUGGGAAAUCAAUGGCUUUGUGCAGUAUGUUUCAGGUGGGCCACAGCCAGGAGGCUUCUAUCUAGCCAUUCCACGUGGGGUCCAUGCAGUGAGGUUGGGCAAUGAGGCUUCUAUUUCUCAAAAUUUGAGUGUGAAGCCAGGUUCAAUCUAUUCCAUCACAUUUGGGGCCACUAGGACCUGUGCCCAAGAUGAGGUGCUAAGAUUCUCUGUCCCUGGGCAGUCAAGUGACCUCUCUCUUCAAACCCUUUAUAGCAGUGAUGGUGGUGAUACUUAUGCCUUGGCCUUCAAAGCAGUUUCUAAAGUUGUUAAGCUCACAUUUCAUAACCCUGGAAUCCAAGAGGAUCCUUCUUGUGGCCCUCUGGUGGAUGCUGUAGCAAUCAAGGAGAUUGUUCCUCCCAAGUAUACCAAAGGUAAUCUGGUGAAGAAUGGUGGGUUUGAAACUGGACCUCAUCUAUUCAAGAACUUCUCAACUGGAGUCCUCCUACCUCCAAAGCAAAAGGACCUGAUCUCACCUCUUCCAGGAUGGAUCAUUGAGUCCCUGAAACCAGUUAAAUACAUUGACAGGAAGCAUUUCUUUGUCCCCUCAGGACUUGCUGCAAUUGAAUUAGUAGCAGGGAGAGAGAGUGCCAUAGCACAAGUGAUCAGAACAGUUCCAAACAAAUCGUACAACCUCACAUUUACCAUUGGAGAUGCAAAGAAUGGGUGCCAUGGAUCUAUGAUGGUUGAAGCAUUUGCUGCUAAGGAAACCCUGAAACUUCCAUUUGAAUCACAGGGAAAAGGUGGAUUCAAAACAGCAAGUUUCAAGUUCCAAGCAAUAGCCACCAGGACAAGGAUUACAUUUUACAGUGCUUAUUAUCAUACAAAGUUGAAUGAUUUUGGUCACAUGUGUGGCCCUGUUUUGGAUGAUGUUAGUGUAUUUCCUAGUCCUUAUUAGCCAAUUACAGAUGGCAUAACAAUUAAUUAUGUGUAAUUUUUGGGCCGUGAGGAACAGGGUUUUUAAUUUGUCAUAGUCUUGAAAUGAAGUUAUGACGGUGAAAUGGGUCAUUUUGAAGAUCCUUUUCAAUCGUUAAGGGAAUGUUAUUACUUAGCUUCUUAAGAUAUUAAUAAACAUUCAAAAACAGUAUACUCA